AUGGAUGAUCAAAAAGCUCGUAGAAGAAAGAUUUUGCAAAAGUACGUGGAAAAUAAAUCGAAACCACUUUCAAUGUUUGCUAAGGAAAUGGAUUUUCCACUAACAACUGUUCGAAGAGUCAUAAAAAGUUUCAUAGACUCAGGAACUGUCGACAGAAAAGCAGGAAGCGGUAGAAAAAAAGGAACAGGUGAUAAAACUUUGGCUCAGAAGUUAAAUCAAGCACUGUUGACAAAUCCUAACAGAACCUUGCGUGAUUUGGCUUCUGAAUUUCAAACGUCUCAUACAAAUGUCAGGAAAAUUAAAAAAAAAUUGGACUAUGAUAAACGCAAGGUUAAAAAAAAGCCAAACCGGACAGAUAACCAGAAUGUAAAUGCAAAAUCUAGAGCUUCAAGAUUAAGAAAAAAAAUUGAGAUUAAGAAUAAAAAAUAG